AUGAACAAGACCGUAGCAAAUUUCUUCACGUCGCCGUACCCGACCGCCAUACAAACGUCCCUGGACUCGUUGGCAACCAUUGCAAGAUUUGACCAGUCUGGAAAAUAUGUUGCGGCUGGCAGGCAAGACGGGCUUGCUGUUGUGUGGGAUCUGGUUACGAGGGGUCAGGUCCGGUGGCUGGAGGGUCAUGUCAAGGGCAUCACCAGCAUUGACUGGUCGCAGAACUCCCGCUAUGUGAUGACUUCGUCGAAGGACUGGAACGUCAUCGUAUGGGACCUCGCAUCCGACAUGGACCCGCCGCGCCGUCAAGCCACUAUCCGUUUUGAUGUUCCCGUUGUGUCUGCUUGGUUCCAUCCGCGAAAUAGCAAGAUCAUUCUCGUGCUUCUGAGCAGCGGUGAAGCAUACAUCGUAGACCUACGCCGGGAAUAUCGCGGGCGUUAUGAACUGUGCGAGGUUCAGGACGAAAGUGACGACGAGUCUCAAAUGAGCCGAGCGAGAACCGCCUUUUCGGCGGCGCGUUUCGAUCCUUCCGGCAAACAUGUAUUCUUGGGCACGACUUUGGGCUUCGUGUUAGUGUUCAAUUCACGGACAAAAACGAUGGUCGCGAGACACAAAAUCUUGGGCGGCACCAGUCCUAUCCGGGGGUUUGAGUUCACUGCGAAUGGCCGUCGGCUGGUCACAAACUCGCAGGACCGGAUAUUGCGGCAAUUCAGCUUGCCCGCGUAUGCGCCGCCCACUGUGGACGGCGAGUACAUUGAACAAGAUCUCGAGCCUACACAUCGCUUCCAGGAUCCAAUCAGUAAAGUGGGUUGGCACGCCAUGUCAUAUAGUCCGGACGGCGAAUGGUUAGCAGGAGGUGCUGCAGAUGACGCCGCUCAUAAGAUCUAUGUUUGGGACUCCGGAAGAGAAGGCCUUCUCGCUAGCACGCUAGACGGAGGGCGUGAAUUGUUGACCUACGUCCACUGGCAUCCCCGAAAACCGUUGAUAGCGUCGGUGACUAACAUGGGCAACAUUCUCAUUUGGCACUGUCCGACUGAGGAGCGCUGGGGCGCUUUCGCGGGCGGGUUCGAGGAGGUGGACGAGAACGUCGAGUACGAGGAGCGCGAGGACGAGUUUGACAUCGAGGAUGAGGCGGAUAUUGCUCGUCGGAAGAUGCUGGAGGAGGAAGAGGAUGUCGACAUCGAUGGCGGCAUAGUGGACCCGACUGAGAACACCGCGGACCAUUUGCGCCAACCCACCGAGAAUGAUGAUGACUACUUGUGGGCGACGGACGAGCCUGAUGACGAUAUGAAGGGGUGGAAGAUGAAGGUGCUGGUGGAGGACGAACAGGAUUGAGAAUAUUCC